AUGGGCUGUACGGUGAGCGCCGAGGAUAAAGCAGCCGCGGAGAGGUCAAAGAUGAUUGACAAAAACCUCCGAGAAGAUGGAGAGAAGGCAGCCAGAGAAGUGAAACUGCUUUUAUUAGCACCGUGCGCCUUUUGUUGCCGGGCGACACGGAAGGAGUGGGUGACGUCUGAGUGGCACAUGCCCGCAGAUGAGCACUUCAGAGGCGACAGCAGCUCCUUAGCAUCAGCAAGGCGUCAUCAGAAAGUACAGAAGCAGGAAGAGAGGGCGGACUGUGCCGGGAUCACAGUUACCCUGAGGACACUCUGA